GGGCAGGGCCUGCCUUCCUUCCUUCCCUGCCGGGGUGCUGAGCGCGGCGGCCCGGGCCCCGCUGUGGGAGCAGUUCUUGGCGGGAAGCCCGUUUCCCUGUGGGGGACCGGGGGCUUGCACAGAGGUCCUUGGUUAUUUUACCCAAGUUAAGUGAUGGAAACAUACGAUAAAGAAAAAAGAUCACCCUUGGUUCUUUGGCAUUCACAGCUGUGUCAAAGAAUCUAGGAUGUUCCAAGAAGACUCAUCAGCCGAUUGCUUAAAUAUAAUAACAACAUCUACCGAAGAUGGUGCUUUCCAAAAAAGAGGCCAUAGUGCAAGAAUCCUUAGCCCAGAAGAAGCUGAGAGACUAGCAAAAGAUCAAGUUUUGGUAUCUGAGUUCAAACAAUUAAAACUGGAGAAAGAGGCGCAGAAGAACUGGGAUCUAUUUUACAAAAGAAACAGCACCAACUUCUUCAAAGACAGACAUUGGACAACCAGAGAGUUUCAAGAGUUAAAAGCAUGCCGGGAGUUUGCAGAUCAGAAACUGACCAUUCUGGAAGCAGGCUGUGGGGUUGGGAACUGCUUGUUUCCACUCUUAGAAGAUGAUCUGAAUAUUUUUGCAUAUGCCUGUGAUUUCUCUCCUAGAGCUGUUGAGUAUGUGAAGAAAAAUGCCUUAUACAGUACUGAAAGAUGUAAAGUAUUCCAGUGUGAUCUUACCAAAGAUGAUCUUCUAGAAAAUAUACCAGCAGAUUCUGUGGAUGUCGUCACGCUUAUAUUUGUGCUUUCUGCCAUUCAUCCUGACAAAAUGCGUCUUGUCUUGAAGAAUAUUUACAAGGUAUUAAAACCAGGCAAGUGUGUCUUGUUCAGAGACUAUGGACUGUAUGAUCAUGCAAUGCUCAGGUUUAAGUCUGGCAGCAAACUUGGAGAAAACUUUUAUGUGAGGCAAGAUGGGACAAGAUCAUAUUUUUUUACUCAAGAGUUCUUGUCUCAGCUUUUCAAGGCUGAGGGAUAUGAGCAAGUGGUCAAUGAAUAUGUGCAGCGAGAAACUGUGAACAGGAAAGAAGACUUGCGUGUUCCAAGAGUUUUUCUUCAAAGUAAAUUUCAAAAGCCUUUCAGUAAGACAUAAAUUCUUGCUGAUUAGCAACAGCCUUGCUUGUUUGAAAUGGAAGCCAACACCUAAUUUCUGCUUGUGUGUGCUCAUCUUUCUGGUAAACCAGAAAUGACUGCAUCUAGUACCUCUUGUUGGUUUUCGUCCUCAGAUACGAAAUACGAAUGCUAUUUCUAAUUCAAAUUUAAGAUGGUUUAGUGAUGCAGGCAACCUGUUGAGUAUCUGUAUUCCUGCUUCAAAAGUAAAUCCUGUGCAGCAUUGUUGGAGGGUCAGGUAAAGCACACUAAACAUGGUUAAUUUUAAGCACUAGUUUUCAUUAGUUGUUAUCAAAAUCAUUAUUUCCAUUUUUAUUAAAAACUAUUUUUAAAGAAGUAUCCUGUGUUUCCUAUCACAUAUGUUUUUUGUGGCCUCUUAAAAUUACAGUAUUUAAUCUGCUUUCAGUACUUGUAGGAUUUUUGAGUAUAAUAUCUCAGAUAUAGGAAUGAAACAGACUUAGUGAGUGGUAUAAUGGAAGCUGCUUGGGUAUUUUAAUAAUGGUAUCUUUUUAAUGUGCACAGCAUUAGAUAUGUAAACAAAUGUUUAUAUUCUAAAUAAGAUCCUAAUUUAUCUGCAUUCAUGCUUGAAGAAAGUUGUUAGAGGGUCAGGUUUUCUUUAUCCCUAAUUAAUUUCAGAUGUCUUCCUUUGAUAAGUAGAAAUAGUUGAGGUUUUGCAAGUCAGUUUCUCAUUUGGAACUGUGAGUCAGAAGUACUUUCUUUCAUAUCAAGUGUACUCAGCUGCUUCUUUCCUGAGCAGAGGUCUUAAUUCUUUUCUGUCACUCUCAGGAAAGGUGUUGGUCUUUGCAGUUCCUAUCACCAAAAGCCACUGUACUAAUGCUAUGCUCAUAGCCAGCCACAGACUUGAUGACUGCUCAAAGGAACUUCCAUCCUUUCCCUUCAACAGCCCUGACACUUUGCACUGAAGAACCUCUUGUAUGUUCUUGGAUGAUACAAUCUCAAAAACAUGUCUGGAUCUUUAACCUGCAUUUUGAACAGCUGCUCUGCAGCAGAGGAAGCUCAGAAGUAUCCUGUGACUUGUGCAAUGGGCCGUGCUGAUCUUUUGUAAUGUACACAAGUUGCAACAAGGGAAAUACCAAUGAAAUACUAGGAUUUUUUAAAUUAUUUUUUGUGUGUAAGGGAAGGCCAGACUCUGGGACAGGGUCUAGAGAAGUUGUGGAAUCUCUGACCUUGGAAAUACUCGGAAAUGGUCUGGGCAAGGCCUUGAGCAACCUGUGGCUUAAUUUGAGGGUGGCCCUGUUCUCGGUAGGGGUUUAAUUUCUUGCAGUAUAUAUUAGUAUGUGAUUGAUUGACUUGGGCUGUCAUUCCACUAGACUUGUGUGUUGCUCGAUAACCCAGUCAUACACAUCUGAUGUGGACCAGAGGUGAGUGUUUGCCUCUGUUUAUGACAAACUAGCCAUAGGAUGUGCUAAUGAUUUUUUUUUUUCCCAACACUCUUUAUACUGGCUGUGUGUGCAUGGAGAGAAAGAAGUAAUAACUUUUCCAGCAUAAAGCCUAAUGUUACAAAGCUAACCAGUCAGAUUUUUUUGAGCAAAUUGGAGCUGCCAGAGGCCUUAUGCUGUUGAUACAUUUAUAAAUAAAUUUGCAGCAGAUCAUUGCUUUGGGUCAGGGCACCACAGGGUAUUUUUUUUCUGAUACCGUGAGCCCCAAAGCUGGAUUUAUUGUGUCAUCAGACUUUGGCCUCAGAGGAAAAAGAGAUUAAACCGCAUAAUUCUCCUAACAACUCUUUGAGGAGGGUUAUUUAAUGACAUCUCCUUUUUUUAAGGAGAGUAUCAUCCUGGGGAUUUAUGCAUUGCUGACCCCUGCUGCACAACCUGUGAGCUCUUUCUGCCAUACUAGUAAUAAAUACCUAGUAACAUUUAUAGUAAAUGAAAAAAAAAUGCAUUAAAAAGGGUAUAACCAUGAUAGCGUUAUUAUAAUCUGAGCAAUCAUCAUUUUUGUGGCUUCCCUCAGCACAUGUUCAUCUUUAGUACAGCGGGUUCUGCAAUGACUGCAUGUAGCCUGAACUCUGAUUUUUAGUGGAGUUUGAACCCUCUAACACCAAGUGCCUUAUAAAGCUGAAUGUUUGGUCCUUUUAGAGUAUAUAGCAUGUAAAUGAGACUGAAGGAUUGCCUUGUGUGGCUCCUUGUCACUUUGGCAUAUGAUUGUCAGCGUAUGCAAAGGCAAGCGCACUGAGGUGAGCAUCCCAAAAGGGAAAUGAAAUGUAGGCAAGAAUUAAAAAUAUUAAUUGGAAGGUUUGAGUCAACCCUGUAGACUUAGCUGCAGACAGCCAUUGACUUCCUUUUUACACUGGACUAUUGCCUGAACAGUAAUACAUGUUUUUGUGGCUAUAGCUUUGGUGUGCAUUUCUGCUUGAGGAACUAUUGUCACUUUUUGUGUAGCAUCACAUUAAAUGGAGAGUAGUAGUUCUAAUUUUUUUGUUUCUCAUUCAGUCUCAUUUCCAGUCAGACCUGGAAAAUAAAGUAGCAUGCAUUAGCACCCCUGCCAGGAAAGCCUUCAGAUAUAGCUGUCAUAGAGCAGAGAUUAUUUUGAGAUGAAUGGUCAGAAAGCUUUAUUUGGUCUCUAUGCCUCUGCUUCUGUGAACUCUAAAUCAUGGCAAGUUUUUGUAACUGUGGUAAAGUUUGAGGAAGUUGAGUCAGCUUUAAGAAAUCCUUGCUUCAUCAUGUGAGAGACAGUAAAUGAUGGGGUGCAUGAGGCUGUGGUAGUGCUGAGUAAAGUAGAUGUACUCCACCCGAACCCUUCAGUCUCUCAAAGCUUGUGUAAGCUCACCAGAGGUAGUACAUGCCAAGGAUGCCCGUACCUAGUAUCCUUACUUGAAGAACUGUCCUUACGGAGACGUGGUAAUCAGUGUGAAUAGUGUCAGACGGACUUGUCAAAAAUAUACAUGCACUGAAUUUUGCUUACCUUGCACAAAGAAGCUACUAUGCUGUGAUUGUAAUAAAUGUCUUGAUUGUUCUUUGA